AGAUUGGAGGUUCUUGAUUUAAGUGGCAACUUUCUCGAUAACAGUAUAUUAUCAUCUCUAGCUGGUCUCACUUCAUUAAAAACACUACAUCUAUUUCAUAAUAGAUUGAAUGGAACUGUAAUUGUUCAAGGAGUUGAAUCGUUGAGGAACUUAGGGGAGCUGGAUUUGAGUGGAAACCAGAUUGGCAAAUUUGUUUUUCCUAAAGAUUUCAAAGGUUUGAGAAAGUUGAAUGCCCUUUAUCUAGAGAAUCUAAAAAAUAUUGAUGGAAGCACUUUGUUACAGUCAUUGGGGUCAUUCUCAUCCUUAAAGAAACUUGACUUGAGCUAUAGUAAUUUCAGACGUGGAACAAUGACUACUCAAGAGUUGAAGAAUUUGACCAAUGUGGAAGACUUGAUCUUGGAUUAUUCCUCUCUUCACAUAACCAUUCUUCGAAGCUUUGGAGCUUUCACUUCGCUUAAACGUUUGUCGAUGAAGAACUGUAAACUUAGUGGCAUCUUGCACAAUCAAGGUGUUCCUAAUUUCAAGAAUUUGAAAUCUUUAUUCAUGGAUGGCACUGCCCUCAACAUUAGCUUUUUCCAAAUAAUAAAGCCCAUGGCUUCUCUUGAGAUUUUAUCAUUGGCUAGUUGUGGACUCACAGGCACACUGCCUAACCAAGGUCUGUGCAAGCUGAAGCAACUAAAAGAGCUGUAUAUGAACAAUAAUGAGCUAAGGGGUACCUUGCCUUGGUGCUUGGCGAAUUUGACUUCUCUUCAAGUAUUGAAUAUCUCUUUCAAUGAAAUUAAUGAAAGCAUCUCCUCAUCACCCCUCAAACAUCUAAUAUCCAUCCAAUAUCUUUUCGUGUCACACAAUCACUUCAAAAUCCCAAUUUCACUUGAACCUUUUUUCAACCAUUCGAAACUUAAGAAGUUCUAUGGUGAAAAUAACCAAAUAUAUAAAGAAAUUGAGUCGCAUUCUUUGGCCCCACGAUUCCAAUUAAAUUCCUUCGUAUUGGGUGGUUAUGGAGAUGGUGGCACAUUUCCCAAAUUUCUUUAUCAUCAAUAUGACUUGGAUGAAGUUGAUCUCUCUCACUUAAAUUUAAAGGGAGAAUUUCCAAAUUGGUUGUUAGAGAACAACACAAAACUAGAAACACUUCUUCUAGUCAAUAACUCCCUUUCUGGACCUUUCCAAUUGUCAAUUCAUCCUCACCAACAUUUGACAAAUUUAGAUAUCUCAGUCAAUUUCUUCCACGGUCACAUUCCAAUUGAGAUUGGGGCAAUUCUACCAAGGUUAAUAUGUUUAAACAUUUCUAUAAAUGCGUUUAACGGUAGCAUUCCAUCUUCUAUUGGUGACAUGAACUCAUUGGAAAGUCUAGACUUUUCCAAUAAUGAAUUUUUAGGUGAAAUACCUGAACAUUUGGCCAUGGGUUGCUUCUCAUUGCGGUUGCUAGCGUUAUCAAACAACCAUUUGGAAGGUCACUUAUUCUCUAGAAAUUUUAAUCUGACAAAGUUGAUGUGGUUACAAUUGGACAACAAUAACUUGACUGGAUAUAUCCCAGAAAGUUUGUCUAAUUGCUCUUUGAAAGAAUUGUAUCUUGGCUAUAACCAUUUUAGUGGUAAAGUCGCAGGGUGGUUGGGAAACAUGUCAGAUUUGGUAGAUUUUAUGAUGCCCAAUAACGAACUUGAAGGUCCAAUUCCAAUGGAGUUCUGUAAACUUAAUUUUCUUGAAAUUUUGGACCUUUCGGAGAAUAAUAUCUCUGGGUAUUUACCAUCUUGUUUACAACCUUCCAAAAUCAAACAAGUUCACUUGUCAAGAAAUAGGUUACAAGGACAACUCAAUGAUACAUUCUAUUAUAGCCUUUCUUUGGAGACAUUAGAUCUUCACCAUAAUUUCUUCACCGGUAACCUUCCAAACUGGAUUGACAGGCUUUCUCUAUUACGUUACCUCAUCUUGGGUAAUAAUAACUUGGAAGGUGAACUGCCUUUGCAAUUGUGCGAGUUAGACCAAUUACGUCUUAUGGAUCUUUCUCAUAACAAUUUUACAGGUUUCAUUCUUCCUUGCUUAAAUAUGAGUGAACGCUAUAACAAAGGUUAUGAUGCUGCAACUCUAACUUCUGGUUUUCUGGAUCAAGUUCCUGCUUACAGCCCUUUGCCUGCAUUUGCUUAUUCUCAAAUUGGGCCUCCAAGUAUUGAGGAAGAAACAAUAGAUUUCACAACAAAGAAUACGACAUACUCUUACCUGUGGAGAAUUCUCAUGUAUAUGUCUGGAAUCGAUCUUUCUAGCAAUAAACUAAUAGGUGAAAUUCCUCAUCAGAUAGGAAACCUUACUAUGCUCCAUAGUUUAAACUUCUCGCAUAACAACUUGACAGGUCCAAUUCCUUCAGAAAUUUCAAACCUCAAGGGAAUUGAGAGUUUGGAUCUUUCCUACAAUAACUUGAAUGGUAAAAUCCCUCCUAAGUUUGUUGAGCUUUCUAAUUUGGCGGUUUUCGCAGUAGCACACAACAACUUAUCAGGUAAGACCCCUGAAAGCGUUAACCAAUUUGCAACAUUUGAGGACAUUUGCCUACGGGGAAACCCUGCUUUGCGGACUUCCUUUGUCAAAAAUAUGCAAGGAAAUUGA